AAUUUCCUUUGCACGCACCUAAUGGUAGGAUUUUAUUUUUAACAUGUAUUUGUUCUCAAACCAUGUUGCUGAAAAUGUGUUUUUCCCCCAAUUUUUUCAGCAUCUGUUACCAGAAACAAUGUACUACUACAUGGCUGUGAGCAAUGAGAGCUAUUCAAGAAUCUUUUACUUCCAGACACCACCUGCAGGCAAUAAAUGGUCUCCUGACUUUUUGAUGUUUGGAGAUUUAGGCAUCCACUCCAACACCACCCCAUCCCUGAUCAACGAAGCUUUUUCUGGCAACUACACAGCUCUCUUUCAUGUGGGGGACUUUGCUUACGACUUGCAUCAUCAGAAUGGUUUGGUUGGUGACUACUUCAUGGAGCUGAUAGAACCUGUGGCGGCCUUCAUCCCUUACAUGACGUGUCCAGGAAACCACGAAAGUGAGAGAGAAAGUUUCGAACACUACAGACACCGUUUUUCCAUGCCGGGCUCGGACUGGCCAACUCCCGUACAUAAGAUGUGGUACAGCAUUGACAUCGGCCCUGUGCACUUUGUCAGUUAUUCAUCGGAGGUGUUUUUUGCAAGCUCGGGUAGAAAUGCUGAGCUCCAGAAACGGUGGCUGGUGAACAACCUGCGGGGAGUGAACCGUGAGCGGACGCCGUGGGUGAUAGCGUUUGGCCACAGGCCCAUGUACUGCAGUGGUAGCCGCGGGUCUGACUGCGCGUAUCCAAACUCCAGAGUGAGAAGAGG